AUGCUUGCUGCACGCGCUAAAUUGGGUGUCCGCACCAACUUGCGUUGCGCACCAUCAUUCUCGACACUCACUGGCCGUAGCUCAGCAUCCGCACUUCCCCGCGUUUUGCGCCCUGCUGCUCGCGCCUCCGUCUCGCCUCGAUCUAUCCCAAAAAUUGCUCUCAGAAUGUCGUCCCACGGAUUUGGAGAGAGUGCCGUGCGCCCUGAACCCGACCAGGUCGUGAAAGACAUUGCCGACUAUGUGCAUGAUUUCCAGGUCACUUCCGAGCUGGCUCUCGAGACGGCGCGUCUGUGCUUGAUCGAUACGAUUGGCUGCGGUCUCGAGGGUCUCCGCUUCAAGGAAUGCUCGCGUCUUCUCGGUCCGGUUGUAGAAGGAACAGUUGUGCCCAAUGGCACCAAGGUCCCUGGAACAAACUACCAGCUCGACCCUAUUCGUGGAGCUUUCAAUAUUGGAACAAUGAUCAGGUGGUUGGACUUCAACGACUGCUGGCUCGCAGCUGAAUGGGGCCACCCAUCUGAUAACCUUGGUGCUAUUUUGGCUGUCGCUGAUCACCUGGCUCGCCAGGGACAGCCAUUGACCGUCAAAGACGUCCUCGAGAGCAUGGUCAAGGCCCACGAGAUCCAGGGUCAACUUGCACUCCUCAAUUCCUUCAAUCGGGUUGGUCUUGACCACGUUGUCCUCGUCAAAGUUGCUUCCACUGCGGUUGUCAGCAAGCUUCUCGGCCUCACCCGUGAACAGACGAUCGAUGCAGUUUCCCAAGCCUGGGUUGAUGGCCAAUCCCUUCGAACCUACCGCCAUGCACCUAAUACCGGAUCCCGCAAAUCUUGGGCUGCUGGUGAUGCAUGCUCUCGUGCCGUCAAUCUGGCUCUGCUCGUCAAGAAGGGAGAGAUGGGUCUCCCAUCUGUAUUGACCGCCAAGACCUGGGGUUUCUACGAUGUCCUGUUCAAGGGCAAGCAAUUUGAAUUCCAACAGAAGUAUGGAUCGUACAUCAUGGAGAAUAUUCUCUUCAAGAUUUCAUAUCCUGCUGAAUUCCAUGCUCAGACCGCCGUAGAAGCUGCCCACACGAUUCACAAGAAGUUGAAGGAGCUGGGCAAGACCUCUGACGAUAUCAAGAGCGUCCGCAUUCGCACCCAAGAAGCUGCCAUCCGUAUCAUCGAUAAACAAGGCCCUCUUGAUAACUUUGCCGAUCGAGACCAUGCCAUCAACUACAUGGUCGCCUUCCCGCUGAUCUAUGGGCGCUUGACCACUGAAGACUACACCGAUCAAGCCGCCGCUGAUAAACGCAUCGACGAGCUCCGUGCGAAGAUCUUCUGUGUUGAAGAUAAGCGAUUCAGCGAAGAAUACCACGCUCCUGACAAGCGUUCGAUCGGUAACGCUUUGCUCGUUACUCUCAAUGACGGCACCGUUUUGGAUGAGGUCGAGGUCGAGUAUCCGGUUGGCCACAAGCGUAGACGCACCGAGGGAACUCCGCUCCUCAUUGCCAAGUUCAAGAGGCACAUUGCUCCUCACUUUGACGAGGCUCAUCAGUCCCAAAUCCUCAAGGCCGUUUCCGACUCUGCCGCAUUGUCGAAGAUGCCCGUUGACAAGUUCACCGAUCUCUUCGUCAAGGCUUAA